CAAUCAAUGGCUAACCAGAUCACAGCUUCGCCUCAAACUACGCGAUCUCAAAACCCGAGAACCUGAAAGAGCACACGAGCGAGGUCGGGGAAUCUCCUUCCUCUGAUCCCCACCCGUUUCAUCUUUGUUCGUUUUGUUAGCGGAGAUGUGGAAGGUCUACGUUGGGAAUUUGAGCUCUAGAAUCAGAGAAAUGGAGCUUUCGAAAGAGUUCAGUACCUACGGACUCGUAAAAAGUAUAUGGAUAGCAAGGAAUCCACCGGGUUAUGCAUUUGUUGAAUUUGAUAGUCGUCAGGAAGCACAUGAUGCUGUUGCUGCUUUAGAUGGAAAGCAUGGUUGGCGUGUAGAGAUGUCUCGAAGAUCUUCAGGCGGAAUAAGAAGCAGGUCAUCAAGUCGCGACACUAGAUGUCAAGAGUGCGGUUCACAUCGUCACAAUACCAGAGAUUGUCGAUUUCGGGCAUCACGAAGUUCUAGAAGGAGUUCAAGCCCUCAUUCGAGGGCACACAUGAGCAGGGACAUCCCCAAAAGAAGACGCAGCCGGAGUAGAUCCCGUCAACAUGCUGAUCAACUUAAUGAAAGGACCACAAGAAAUCAUGAAGACAGUUUUCCAGUAAAAAGUGAAUGCAUCAGAUCACCACAAAAUAUUCAGAAUCGAUCUCCAUCAGCUUGUUCUGCCGCGGUCAAUGAAGACGGCCGUUCUCAAAAAAUUGGCAGCAGCUCUCAAAAUGAUCUGAUUGAUGUUCAAAUAGAUGGGUACCACUCAUCAAAAGAACUUGAGCAAAGCUCAUCUCCCCAAAGUGGCAGUGGCAGGUCUCCUAAUGUCCAGAAAGGUUUUGAAAGCGACGGAAAAUGCAGCCCCGCAAUAAGUGAACCUGACCUAAGUGGAUUGUCGAAGCAUAUGAUCUGUGGCAACAGCCCCUCACCAUCGGCCUAAUUGAAUUAUGGCGAUAGAAGCCUUCAGUAUCCGGCCUGAACUUAGAUGAGAAGAAAAGUGAUGCUUGGUGGUGCUAAUAUUCCAUGCAACAAGUGGACAACUGGAUAAAUGCCUGUACCAUUGUUUGUCUGCAAGUAUAAGAUUACUUUAGGUUGAGAUUCAUGUUAUAUGAAGGCAUGACUUACUAAUACAAAUAUGGCAGAAACUAUGCAUAGACUCGUUCAACUUAGUCAAAUCCUGUGGCCCUAAUGGUAUGUUCUAAGACCUCAUUUUUGGACUCUUUUGUAUGAUGCGAGUUCUUAUGAGCUUAGAUUGCUAAAACUAUUCUGAGUGCAACAAAGAAAUCUGAUCUGAAAACAAAGCCUUUUUUUAGAUUAA